UGUGUAGUGUCAUACAAUCAAGAUUUAAGUAAUAUUCACUGAGCUUUUGAUUAUUUGCUUUUUAACUCUACUUUUCAGAAUGUAAAUACAUAACUGGAUGCAAUGUCUAAACGGAAGAGAAUUAGUCCUGUGGAGGAUGCCACUACACACAUUCUGUCUGGCAAAGACAAGCCAUGCUUUGAGGAGAGAUUCAUUAACUCUCAUAAAGGUAGAGGUGUGUUUGCUAGCAUGUCCAUUGACAAAGGAUGCUUCAUUCUUGAAUACCGUGGAAAGUUAAUUUCCCAAGAGGAGAGCCAAAUAAGACAGAAUAAAUACAGUGAAACAGAAAAUACCUUCUUAUUUGACUUUGAUUGGGACGGAAAACAAUGGUGCAUUGAUGCCUCAAAAGAAGAUGGUUCACUUGGGAGAUUAGUGAAUGACGAUUACAAGUCUCCUAACUGUAAAAUUAAAAAAAUAGGUGUUGGAGGCAAACCACAUCUGUGUUUGUUUUCAAUUAAGGACAUAGCUUCUGGUGAAGAAAUAACAUACAACUAUGGAGAUUCAAAAUGGCCAUGGCGUACUCUGAUCAACCGAGCAGACUCUUGCAGUGAUGAGAACACGCCAUCAGAAGAGGCCGCAUGCUUUCCUACCAAAAUCAACAAGAAGUCAACUGAACAGAUCAACCGAGCAGACUCUUGCAGUGAUGAGAACACGCCAUCAGAAGAGGCCGCAUGCUGUCCUACCAAAAUCAACAAGAAGUCAACUGAACAGAUCAACCGAGCAGACUCUUGCAGUGAUGAGAACACGCCAUCAGAAGAGGCCGCAUGCUGUCCUACCAAAAUCAACAAGAAGUCAACUGAACAGAUCAACCGAGCAGACUCUUGCAGUGAUGAGAACACGCCAUCAGAAGAGGCCGCAUGCUUUCCUACCAAAAUCAACAAGAAGUCAACUGAACAGAUCAACCGAGCAGACUCUUGCAGUGAUGAGAACACGCCAUCAGAAGAGGCCGCAUGCUUUCCUACCAAAAUCAAUAAGAAGUCAACUGAACAGAUCAACCGAGCAGACUCUUGCAGUGAUGAGAACACACCAUCAGAAGAGGCCGCAUGCUUUCCUACCAAAAUCAAUAAGAAGUCAACUGAACAGAUCAACCGAGCAGACUCUUGCAGUGAUGAGAACACGCCAUCAGAAGAGGCCGCAUGCUGUCCUACCAAAAUCAACAAGAAGUCAACUGAACAGACUCCUUAG